AUGAUCACAGAUAUCGAAACUCUCAGUGGUAUCGUGGCCAAGCUUAUCACUCACAACACGACCAUCCCUAUCAAAAAGUCGCACGUCUUCUCGACUGCCGCUGACGGUCAAACUGCUAUCGAGGUCAAGAUCUACCAGGGCGAGCGUGAACUUGCGGACAACAAGCUGCUUGGUAACUUUAACCUGGUUGGCAUUCCUCCUGCUCCCAAAGGUGUUCCCCAAAUCGAAAUCACCUUUAACAUUGAUGCUGGAACGCCGCACAAUCUCAUCGAAAUGUCCAACCAGGCCUUUUCCUUCUGCGCCGACACGGAGAAGUCGAUCGACGAGUUAAAGGACCAACUCGAUACCGCCAUCAAGACCAAGAUGGACAAAACCCAGGUUGCCUCGCUCGGACUCUUCCGAACUCUUCUGAAAAGUCUACGAGAAGAACAACGCUGA